AUGAGCACCGAAGCAUCCCUCAAGACGUUCUUCUCAUCUAAGAACUUCGCCGUCGUCGGCGCAAGCUCAAAUACGGCCAAAUUUGGCCACAAGAUCUUCGCCUGGUACCUCCACCACGACAUCCAGGCUAUCCCAAUCAACCCGGCCGCCCCCUCCAUCGCCGUGCCGUCCCUCCCGGACGCCGCCGGCAAGCCCGCCGAGGUCCCAACCGUCAAGUCCCUCUCAGAGCUGCCCGACCCUAAGGAGACCUCCGUGUCCAUCAUCACCCCUCCCCCGGUCACCCUGAAGGUGCUCGAAGAGGCCAAGAAGCUAGGAAUCCCAGCCGUGUUCCUGCAGCCCGGCACCUUUGACGAUGAGGUCAUAAAGUUCGCGCGGGACGGCGAGGGCGAGGAUGCCGGCUCCGGGGCGUUCAAGGCCGUCGUGGCCGGCUUCGGCGGCGGCACCGUCGGCAGCGAGGGGUGGUGCGUGCUUGUCGACGGCGAGAGGGGCCUGAAGAAGGCAGGAAAGCUGUAG